AUGGCCGACCGCAAGUCGCUCGACGACCUCGAGGGCAAGGCGCUCGACGUGACCAUCGAGAACGCCACCCCGGAGCUGCCGUACAUCGACCCAGUGAAGGAGCGCGCGCUGAUCCGCAAGAUCGACCUGCGCCUCUUCCCCAUGAUCUGGGUGUGCUACCUCAUGUCGUACAUUGACCGCACGAACAUCGGCAACGCCAAAGUCGGCGGCAUGUCCCACGACCUCAAGAUGACAUCGAGCGACUACUCGCUCGUCCUGUCCAUCUUCUUCAUCGGAUACCUCCUCUUCGAGCCCCCGAGCAACAUGCUGCUCUCGCACGCCAGGCCAAGUCUCUACAUCCCGUCGAUCAUGGUCAUCUGGGGCGCGAUCUCCGUUGCGCCAGUAGGCAUCCACACCACCGCCGGCAUGGCCGUGUUCCGUCUCUUCCUCGGCCUCGUCGAGGCCGGCUUCUGGCCCGGCUGCAUGCUCGUCAUGUCAUGCUGGUACAAGUCCGAUGAGAUGUCCAAGCGCACGGCCUUCUUCUACUCGGCCUCCAUGGUGGCCGGCGCAUUCGGCGGCCUGCUCGCCGGCGCAAUUAUCACCGGAAUGGAGGGCAUGGGCGGCAUCACUGGCUGGCGCUGGCUCUUCAUCAUCGAGGGCAUCAUGACUGUCACGGUGGCCCUUGCGGCGUUCACCGUCCUGCCUGACUUCCCUGCCACGACCAAGUGGAUCUCGGGCGAGGAGCGCGACCUCGCCCUCAACCGCCUGCUUGUCGGCGGCGCGGGUGACGGUGCUGGCGAGGACCAUGCCGGCCACUGGGCUUCGUUCAAGGCUGCGUGCAAGGACCCCAGGACUUGGGUCUUCUCCCUCACCUACACUUUCGUCCAGGGUGCGGGCACCAUCUCGUACUUCAUCCCGACGCUCAUGACGGUGCAGGGGUACAAGGGCUCCAAGGCGCAGUACAUGACUGUGCCGAUCUACAUUGUCUCCCUCGCCUUCUCGCUCACCGGCGGCUGGCUCGCCGACCGCACCAAGCAGAAGGCGUACGUGAUCCUCGGCGCCGCGACGAUGAGCACGCUCAGCUUCAUCGUGUGUGGCUGGGCACCGGGCCACAAGCUCAAGUACGCGUUCCUGUGCUUUGGCUGCGCGGGUAUCUGGACGACGGUGCCCAUCUUCCUCUCGUGGAGCGUGAUCAUGUUCGACGGGCGCGAGAAGCGCGGCAUCUCGUUUGCGUUCGUCAACGGUAUCGGCAACCUCGCGUCCGUGUACGGCUCGUGGCUGUGGCCGUCUUGGAACGGCCCCAACUACCCCAUUGGCUUCGGCGUCACCACCGCCCUGUGCUUCAUGAUCAUCGUCAUGGUGUCGUUCGCCAAGUGGCGGUAUGGCGACACGGGCGUGGCCAAGACUUCGUAG